AUGGAUUCGUUAAAACACCGGGGUCGGGGCCUGCUGCAGAGGAGCAGGGUCGUGGACAGUGGGGAGGGGGACCCCAGUCCCAACCCCAGCCCCAUGUACUGGCCAGAUAAAGCGGUCAACAGGAAGGUUUUUCACGACCCUAAGAAUAAGGAGUGCUCGGAAUGGGGCAUGUAUUACCCAGAGGCCAGCGGAAGUAACCAGUCCCCCAUUGACCUCAUCUCCAACGACGCCCUCUUCGACAAAACUCUGGCAGAGAAACCGUUAAAAUUUAACUACUCCACGUCACGCGAGACUGAGGUACUCAACAACGGCUAUACGCUGGUCGUCUUUCCUCGGCCUAAACAAGUCGACUCGGGACUUAGGAUCGAAUCCAUCGGACGCAGCGUGCUGUCCGGCGGCCCACUACGAGACGGCAGCGAGUACGAGCUGUCAGAGAUCCGGUUCCACUGGGGUAAGGACUGUGACCGGGGGUCAGAGCACCUGGUCAACCACAAGGCGUUUCCUAUGGAGAUCCAGUUUGUCCAUUGGAACUCUAAGCUGUACACAAGCAUUGAGGACGCUGUGGGCAGUCGACAUGGGAUAGCUAUAGUCGCCAUGUUUGGACAGAUUGGACGUGAACACAACGGUCUGAGAAUCGUGGCUGAUGCUCUGGAGGACGUCUUGUACAAGGGUCGACAAAAAACCUUAAACGGUCCAUUCAAUCCGUCAACAUUCCUGCCUGACCCAGCUCUCUGGGACUUCUGGACCUACGAGGGGUCACUGACCACGCCCCCUUGUUCUGAGAAUGUCACGUGGAUCGUCCUUAGGUACCCACUGAUGACGUCACUACCACAGAUGGAGAACUUUCGCCGCCUGUGUACAUUUGUCAAGGGCGAUCACCCCCACCCAGGGGACGACGGGUUCAUGGCGGACAACUUCCGCCCACCUCAGCCACUCAACGGACGGCGCGUGCGUGCCUCGUUUCAGAGUUAACAUGUCCCAGAUUUGUUAACAUUUCCCAGAUUUGUUAACAUUUCCCAG